AUGCAUUUAUCCGCCCUUUUGCUGCCCCUUGCAGCUUCGCUUGCUGCGGCGGUACCAUCUGCUCGCGCUUCAAGUACUUCGCGCCUGCCUACUGUGUCUCUCGAUUACAGUAAAAUCCAAGCAGUCGCAGGCAAUGAGACACUCGGAUACUACAAGUAUCAAAAUAUUCGCUUUGCUGCAGUGCCUACUGGUGAUCUUCGCUUCGCCAAGCCAGAGUGGCCAUCUGUUGAAUCCAUCGUCAAUAAUGGAACAACUUAUGCCAGUCAAGACGUGGAUUGCGGAUCUUCCGAGGAUUGUCUUUACAUGGACGUCUGGGCUCCUGCCAAUGCAAAGGGCAAAAAACUUCCCGUUAUAGUCUGGACAUAUGGAGGUGGAUUUACUAGCGGUUCCAAAUCUAAGAGCACCCCCGAGGGUCUAUUCGAUCUUUCCAAGGAUUUUAUCUUUGUGGCUUUCAACUACCGUCUUGGAAUAACUGGCCUCGCCAAUUCGGUGACUGCUGUUCACCAAGGUGCUACCGAUAACGUUGCCCUGUACGAUGUCGAACACGCCUACAAAUGGGUUAAGAAGUACAUCAGCAACUUUGGUGGUAACCCUGAUGAUAUCACGGCUGUCGGAUUUUCCGCUGGAGCAAGCAUGCACCUCUUCAUGAUGACUCGCUUCGGAGGUCAUAAUGAGCAGCUAUUCAACAAGGCCUACCUUACCUCACCAGGGUUCGUACCCGGUGCUGGCCACCACCAAGGGGAAACCUUCUGGCAGAACGUGUCUACAGCCGCUGGUUGUAGUGGUGGUGACCUCUUAUGCAUGCGCAAGGUCCCCUUCUCGAACCUUAGCGACAUUGCCAGUGAUGUUCGUCAAGAUUAUGGAUACCAAUUCCAGCCUCGUGUCGAUGGUGACUUUAUUGCCGACACUUAUGAGUCCCAGCUCUACCAGGGACGUUUCAAUUUCACCGGUCCUUUGGUCAUUACCCACGAGCAGCAUGAAAAUAACGGUUCCCCAACCUCUGGAGUUAACACCACCGCUGAUGUGAGAAGCGAGCUGCGCACCUUCUUCCCAGCUAUCACAAACGAUGUCAUUGAUGAGAUCUUGGAAUUGUAUCCAGAGUCCGACUACUCCAGUCCUGGAUAUCGCUUUGCAGAUAUCAGACAGUCGUUCGAUUUAACUGCCCAUGACUACGCUCUUACCCGGGCUUUGAACAAUAAUACUUGGAAUGCCAUGGUGGCUCUUAACCAAGCUUCCCAUGGAACUGAUCAGAGUUAUUACUGGUACAACACCUACUCCCUUCUCCCCAGCACCAGCUCCAAAUCCGCACCUGCUGCGGGCUCCGGGGUCACCAUUGCGGGUAGUAUCUCGCCAAACCCUGUAAUUGCUCGCAAGAUGCAAAAGUAUCUUCUCUCAUUUGUCUUGACUGCCAACCCCAACACGAAGUGGACUAGUGACAAAAUUCACUGGCCCAAGUACGGUACCAACGCUACUGAACUUGUUUUCAACUCGACCAUGUAUACCAUGGAGGAUGAUCUCGCCAACGCGAAAAGCCUGUACUGGAAUAAAGCUCUCUGGUAUUAG